UUCGAUAUCUUCUCCGAUAGCGAUGGCGGGUUCAGCGAAACCGAGUAUAGCAGCGCGCGGUCCUCGACCCGCUCUUUGUGCGAGACACGGACGGCAGACCCUUUGAGACUGUCGCAGAUCAAUUCAUUAUCUGCGGCCCCUUUGUCCCAACCGCCGCCCCCCCCGCGGCGUAGCAGGUCAACAAGGAAGCCGGAGACCUACAAUUACGACAAGGAGAAUGACCCUAUCGAGCACGAGCACGGGCAGGAUCGCGACGUUCCUCCGCUGUCGAGGAACCCGUCGGAUGCGUCGUCUUCGUCGUCAAGUCGCUCGCCGAUGCGUCGACCAGCGGAUACUCGACCGACACCAGGAAGAGGAAUGCUGAAUACUCGUCGCCUGCUUACGGGCUACCGACGGCCAGAACCCGAAUCUGCCGACGAAGAAAGCGAAGAAGACAAUGACGCCGACUCAAUGGCUGAUUUCAUUGUCAGCGACAAUGAAGACCUCAGUUACCACAAUACAUCCGAGGAUGAAACAGAGGAAGAAGAGUUCGCGAAGCCCGCGCAACCCUCGCCCUUGCCGCCCCGAACAACCACAAGAAAGAGAUUGUUCAGGGGUCGACGACCGGGCUGCGAAAAAAGAGAGUUAAAAAAAGAUCUGCAAGAAGAUCCAGCUGCAGCUGCCUCGGACAAUGAGGUGGAUCUGAAACUGGCACCAUCCUUGCCCGCCAGAUUGACAAUGGCAGCCCCCAAGCUGGAGGCCACGCCCAGGCGCCUCUUUCAGGAGGAGGUCAACCUCACCGACAAGCUGAACAAUCUGCACCUGGAGAACAAUGAUCCGGCCUUUCAACUCCAGCAGAAUCUAUUCACGUCCGGUCAAUACGAUGACUCUCCAACCAAGAGAUCGCAGGCCAACAGAAGCAUUGAAUCGGCAACGGGGACGACGACAACGACGACGACGACCUCAACACCGCCAUCGAGUCCCUCGAAGGGACGCCUUCGAUCCCCCACGAAAGACAGACUUCGGGUGCACAUCCCGCCCACCCCCCACCGCGAGAGCGUAGACGCCUUCUGGAGCGAGCAAGUGACCAACGACUGGGUCACGCAACACUCGCCCUGCAAGGCCGACGAACUCCUCCGGGAGUUCGACGAGGAGUCCGACGUCGGAGUCAUCGACGUGGACAUCAUGCCCCGGGGAGCCAACCGCGGCAGCCAACCACCAGCCUCCCCCACCCGCAAGCCCCCCAGCAAGACGGCGCUCAAACGCGCCGAGACCGAGAAGAAGAAAGCCGAAAAGGCCCGCAAGCAAGCUUUUGACGCCUCCAAAGCCGGCUUCGCGGAGGAUUUCUUCAAGACCCUCGACAAUGCCGUGAACGACGGCCAAGUCCAGAAACUCGCCGCCACGACAGGAGGCGUGGAGAUCGUGUGGAGCAAGACCCUUCAAACCACCGCCGGCCGCGCCACAUGGAAGCGAGUCACGCCAGGCAAGCAGCGCGAGUCCGACCUCAGCGGAUCCGAAAAGGACACCCCCACCAAAGCUGCCAAACACUACGUCAAGAUCGAGCUCGCCGACCGGAUCAUCGACAGCGAGGAGCGCAUCAUCAAGACGGUGGCGCACGAGUACUGCCACCUGGCCAACUACAUGAUCUCGGACGUGCACGACAACCCGCACGGGGAGAGCUUCAAGGCGUGGGGCCGCAAGUGCAUCGAGGCGCUGCAGGACCACCCGGUCUACGGCGGCGGGCGGAUCGAGAUCUCCACCAAGCACAACUACAAGAUCGACUACAAGUACGUGUGGAGCUGCGUCGACUGCGGCCAGACCUACGGGCGGCACUCGAAGAGCAUCAACCCCGUGCGGUCGCGGUGUGGCCGGUGUCACGGGCUGUUGCAGCAGAUCAAGCCCAAGCCGCGCAGCGUCUCGCCGCGGAAAAAGCAG